UUUAAAGCUGGGGAAAUCGAAAGCUAUGGGCCUUGUAGGGAGGAGUCUUGGGUUUCAACACCCUGCUUCCCAGGCUCACAGAACGGUGAGAGAUGACCAGCCCUACUCAGAUUAUUAAGUGACUGAAAUCAGUGCCCUUUUUUGUUUCUGGUUUCAAGUUAUCUUCUGAUAUACAUUGUUUUCUUCACAUUCCAGGAGAUUGCAACACUUCUGUGGCUCAGAUUCUGAAAGUUCUGCGGAAUUCUCUUUUAGCUCACAUCUAACCAACCCAACUUCAUUACAAGUUGAAGAUUGCAGCAUCUGGGCAUUGCAGAAGAAAUUUCCAGGGAGGCUCAGCCCAUUACUAGAAAUAUGGCGAAUCCAUACAAGAAAAUUGUUCUUCUGAAAGGAUUAGAGGGUAUCAGUGAUUAUCAUUUUGAACUGAUUAAGUCUUUACUAGCCAAAGAAUUAAAACUGAAUAGAAAGGCACAGGAGGAUUGUAAUAGAAUUAGGAUGGCAGACUUGAUGGAAGACAAGUUCCGAAGCGAUUGUGGACUGGGCAAAUUGAUGGACUUGUUCAAAGAUAUAUCGGAACUUCAAGAUCUUGCUGAAACUCUUAAAAAAGAAAAGUCAAAAGUACAAAGGAAGUCAAAAGGGAAAGAAGCAACUUUGGGGCAAAAUAAUAAUCAGGAUGAACCCAGUGGUGCUCAGUCUACACCUGCUAACAAUGCAGAUUUGAAAUCCAAGAAAAGCAAAGCCAAAGCUAAAAGAACUGAAGACUCUGAAAGAAUUCAGGAGCAGCGUCAGCAUCCGGAACCUUCAAUGACUGACACACAGCAAACCCAAGGCUCUUCCCAGACUCCUAAACCUCUACCACCAGCAUCGUCCAGAAACUUCUCAACCAAGCAACCCGGUGCUAUGUCUGUGUCUGGCAUAAAUGAGCAAGGAAAUGAUAGUCCACAUCCACAAGCAGUGAAGAAAAAGGUAAAAUCCAUCCAAAUAAAGGUUGAGGAGCAAAACCUGCAGGCACAGAGGAGGCCCCAGCUCCCAGGAACUUCAGCCACCAGCACACACCCAAGACAGCCUCAGCCUCAGCCUCAUCCUAACCCUCCUCGCCCCUGCUCCCAGAAGCUCCACUGCCAAGACGAGACAGGGAGCUCAGAUAUAGGUACCCUGAACAAGGGAAUGGAAAGUAGGAGAUUCUUACAACUAUUUCAGGUAAUAAAAAUAGAAUUAAGAAAAUCUACCUUUCUUCAGGCAGAGGAAAAAACAACCAGCAACAUGGAUGACAGGGAACAAAACUUGCUGUCAACACGGUUUAUGGGCCUCCCAGGAACUUCAGCCACUAGGACACACCUAGCACAGCCUCAGCCUCAGCCUCAUCCCAACCCUCCUCCCCCUGCUCCCAGCAGCUCCACUGCCAAGAAACCAAGGAUGAUGGUUUUACCUAAGGAUCCUGCCAAGGUGGAGAUGGGCUUCCACAGGGAGUUCAAAGAAGUGAUGGUGCUGAAAGUCACCCCGCUGUUUGUGUACGAUGGUGACAAAACCAUGUUCCACGCCACAGUGGCUACUGAGAGCGAGUUCUUCCGAGUGAAGGUGUUUGACGUCAAAUUGCAGGCGGUGUUCAUCCCAAACAAGAUUGUUAUCCUAUCAGAGUAUUAUGGGAACAAGGGGUUCCUAGAGAUCUACAGCAACUAUAUUGUACGUCCUGGGCAGCCUGAGCGGAUAAUGAACAUCCCACCCACGAUGAGGCUGAAUGCCUGUGCAACACCAAAAAUCAGUUGUCUUUGCACGCUACAUCCAGGGAAAUUCGUGAAUGGGAUAUUUCUGGUGCAUAAGAAAAUCGUGAGGGAUGAAUUCAUUUAUUAUGAAAUACAAGACAACACAGGGAAGAUGGAAGUGGUGGUGCGUGGGAGACUGACCCAAGUGGACUGUGAGGAAGGUGAUAAAGUCAAACUCAUCUGCUUUGAACUGGCCAUGAGCAUGGACAAAUGGCAGCUGAAAUCUGUUCUUCACAGUUACAUGGAGGUGAUUAAGAGCCGGAAAGGCAAGACACAGGUUCCCACUUCAAAUCAAGACACUGUCGGACAGUCCUCCAAUAUGAACUACUGGAUGCCUGGCAGCAGCUUCAACUAAGGAAGAAAGCACUUGCCUAGCAGAUGCCAAGGUUUGAUCCUCUGCAGCAUAGGAAAAUAAGGCAAUAAAAUGAAAGCUCAGUGGAUGUCACUGAUAACGAUGUCUUUAUUGAUAAGAUUCAAGUAUUUAGAAAAAUAUGUGUGUGGGUAUGUGUAGUUGAAACAGUCUAUA